UGUAGUUGUGUGAUAAAGUUAUAUGUGUGAUAUUACAAAUCCACCAGUUUGUUUUAUUUAUGGUCAAUAGUUCGGGUUUCCCUUAAGUUAUAAGCUGUCCACUGAAUCAGAAGGUGUAUCAUCAAUGACGACAAAGAUUUUAGCCAUCUUUGUCAUCGUCGUUUUGACUUUGGUAAAUGCAGAAAAGGGAUAUCCAGAAAGGCUGUCGGAUAGUGAUACACAACUUACAGUCCAACAGUUCGGAAGACACCCCGGUGAAGUAUUCGACUUCAACAUCCUACUUGGCGGGAACAUAGAAAAGCCUCCCUUCAUAUUGGGACUAUUUGUGGAGGGAAACGGUGUCUACGACGAGUUACAAUGCCCCAUGACGUCAGAAGAAGAAGUGAAACAGCUGAAGGUGAAAAACAGACAUGACGUAUUUGCAAGCGUUCUGCCGAAGGAGUCGUACGCAGUACUAUGCAAGAAAAGCGAACCUGGUUCGAUGAUUGUGAUAAAGGACGGGCAAUGUAAAAGAAGGACGUACAGCAAGGAGGACCCAAGGUUGGCUCCGUCUGAAGAGGUGGUGACAGGAUUGGCGUGUUCCAGAGCAGCCAGAGAAAUAGAGAGGACCAUACCAGGAAGUCAUAUCAAGCUGAAAGAAAAUUCAAAUGGUUUGAUUGGUGGAGUAGUAUGGGUAGUUGAGAGUAUUUUCUUUACACUUGCUGGAUGGUGUAGUGCAAUUGGGCGUUGGUUGUCCCAUGAAGAAAAGUCCCAAAAUGAAAAGCCUACUAUUAGUCCAUUUGGUUGAGGUGUUAUUUUUUUCGUGACUUUAAAAGGAAUGAUGUAU